AUGUUCUGUGUGUGUGCCCACCGACCGACUGUGUGGGCCGUAUUUGCUCAAAGGGAUCCUUAGCAUGCUGGGUCUUGGCGAAAUGUUCCCCAGUCUUUUUUCUACUUUCGUCCCGUGCGGUUGUGUACUAAGCCAAACGGAAAUGUUGAAAUAUUUGUAAAAGUAAAUGCAAAUAAAGGAGUAAAGAAAUCUGUGCGAUAACAAAUCGAGGUUGCCUUUAAAAUGGCACGACUUUUAAUAUUUUUAGCGGCUGCAGCUCUAUUUGGAGUUGGCGCUGCAGUUCACGAAGACUGCGAAGUUCCACCACCCACUAAAUUUGCCACAAUUCAAAUCAAAAGCGAAGAAGAUGUCAUUCGGGCGUUUUACACCUGUGAAGGUGGCUACGAACUACAGGGACCCAAUGAGCUGGUGUGUGACAUAGAUACGGAUGAGUGGAACACUGAUCCGCCACAAUGUGUUCAAGUAGCAGUCUCGAAUGAGGUAGAAGAUAGUGAAACGGAGACGGCACAACAAAAACAACAGCAAAAACAAGCCAUACCAGAAGAUCGCAUGGUGUCUCCAGCUUUGGCCUCAACACUUGACAUGAGUUGUGUCCAAGCCAAAGUAAAGGCACCUGAAAUUCGUCAUGGCAUUGUACAGAAAUACGAACGUCGUCGCAAGGGAGAUCGGGUGUUUUUGGCUGCCCUGUAUGCCUGUAAUGAUAAUUUCGAUUUUGAAGAUCCCGACAUGACUACUCUGUACUGUAGCAAUCGUGCUUGGGUGGGUGAUUUACCCACUUGUAUACCAUUGUCCGAAUACGAUGAUGAAGAGGGACUCUAUGAAUAUGAAGAGGGCGACGAAGAAGAUGACGAAGAUGUUGCCGAAGAGGAAGACGAUGAUGAGGAACAACGUCACCACAAUUAUGUACCACCACCUCCCCCACCUACACGUCCAACUGAUCCCCCAACAUCUUACAAUGAAAAUGUUGAACAUUUAAGCAAUGAAAUUACUCCUUUAAAUACCCAAAAUCCAGCAGAAGAAGAUCAUCAGCAGCACCACAACGAAGAGGAAGAAGAAGAGAGAACGCAUGUUGUCGAACAAGAAGUUACCAAUUCCGUUACAGCAGAAGCAACACAGGAUCCUUAUGAGCCACGGGUUUUAGAUGAAAAUUGUGGCAGCGAUAAUGGUGGCUGUGACCAAAAGUGUCAACGUGUCCUGUUUCCCGGAGAGAAUGAACCACGAAUUCAGUGUGCCUGUGCCGAGGGUUUCAGUUUGGAUCCAUACGAUUAUUCGACAUGCCAUGAUAUCAACGAAUGUGAGUUACCCGAGGUAGCCCAAGAAUGCCCUCAUGGUUGUGAAAAUACAGAUGGCUCAUACCGUUGUUUGACCCAAGAGGUAACCCAGGAAAAGGAAGAUAUAGCUCCAAAUACCGAUGAUGUUGAAGAUCCUCCCAAAAAUGAGGUGUCUAGCGAAUCGCCACCAGUGGUGCAACAAUGUGAACCUGGUUUUCGGUUGGAACAUGACCAGUGUGUGGAUAUUGACGAAUGUGCUGAGGGAAUCAGUGGUUGUCAGAUAUGCAUCAACACGGAGGGUAGCUAUGAGUGCACCUGUCCAUCGGGCUAUGAUUUGGCGGAAGAUGAAAAGACUUGCGUCGAUAUUGAUGAGUGUGCCAUUGUCUCGGAAGAUGAAGAAUAUGCAGCUGCUUAUAGGGUUUGUUCCCAUGGCUGUCACAACACUGAUGGAUCUUUUGUGUGCUUCUGUCCGCCGCUGUAUCAUUUGAGUGAAGAUGGAAGAACCUGUGACGUCGACACCUGUGCUGAUUUAGAAAAUCCCGCUCUAAACAAAUCACGCUGUUCCUAUGAGUGUACGGAUUUAGCAACUGGUGGCUUCCAGUGCCACUGUCCUGAGGGUUAUGCUUUGGCUGAUACCUACAAUUGUGUACAAAGUCAAACCGCCUGUGAGCUGAACAGUGGUGUUUGUGCUCCUGGUUCCUGCCAAGAAGCAGAAAAUGAAUUUGGUUUCCAAUGUAUUUGUCCAGUGGGCUAUCGUGAGGAGAACAAUCGUUGUGUGGAUGUUGAUGAGUGUGCGGAUGGCAGCCAUGAGUGUUCCCAUCAAUGCGUAAACACUGAGGGAAAUUAUAUCUGCAAGUGCCCCCAGGGAUAUAUUUUGCCCUACGCCACUGCCCACAGCUGUGAAGAUGUUAAUGAAUGCGAACAUCAACCUGAAAUAUGUGGAGAGCUGAAAUGUCAGAAUUUCCCCGGUUCCUUUACCUGUCUUUGCGAGGAUGGUUCUGAACCAAAUGCUGAGGGCAUUUGCGCCUCAAUGGUUGCAAAUGUUGAUCCUUGUGCUGAGAGUCGAUGCUCGCAUGAGUGUGUCGCCGAGGGUGAUACCUAUCGUUGUGGUUGCCCUGCUGGCUGGGAUUUGGAUGAGUCCCAGCUGACUUGUAUCCAAUCGGAGGCAUGUGAUGCGAAUAAAAAUGGUUGCGAUCACAUUUGCAAUGCCGAUGGUUCCUGUUCGUGCCAGGAUGGUUUCGCGUUGGGCGCCAAUGGUAAAACCUGCUUGGACAUCGAUGAGUGUCAAGUGAACAAUGGUGGUUGCCACCAUUUGUGUAUCAACGUUGAAGGUGGGUUCACAUGUUCAUGUCACAAGGGCUUCGAGUUCCUUGAUGGUCCCUUGAGGGAUUAUUGCUUCGACAUCGAUGAGUGUGCUUUGGGCCUGCACAACUGUGCCCUCGACAUGACCUGUGAAAAUCUUAAUGGCUCAUUCACCUGUCUCUGUCCCAAGGGUUAUGCCUUGGGCAUGUCCAUCAUCCAUCCAUUAGCAUCCAAUGAAGUCAUGGCGGAGAACUCAUUUGAUCAUUUGUCCCAUUCAUCAUCUACAUCAUCGCCAUUAGAUUCAUUAGCUUCCCAGACAUGCUUAGACAUCGAUGAGUGUUCCAUUGCCAAUGGAGGUUGUAGUCAUUUUUGCAUGAAUCUUCCUGGCUAUUAUGAGUGUUCAUGUCCUCCGGGUCACUUGCUAUCGUCGGCUGACAAUAAGACCUGUACGCUGGUCGAUUUGUGUUUGCGAGAGAAUGGGGGUUGUUCCCAUGCCUGCCACACCCGCAAUGGGCGGGUGGAAUGUUCCUGUCCCGAGGGCUUUCAUUUGGAGGUGAAUGGCCGCACCUGUCUGGACAACGACGAAUGUUUCCUUUCGAAUGGCGGUUGCGAACACAUUUGUGAAAAUAACAUCGGCAGCUAUUCAUGUUCAUGUCGCCAAGGUUUCACCCUCUCAUCCAAUGGUCAUGCUUGCUUGGACAUCGAUGAGUGCAUCGAUGGUGUAGCGAAUUGUAGUUUCAUUUGUAUAAAUCUUUUAGGUUCCUAUGCCUGUUCGUGUGAGGCCGGCUUCCAGUUGGCCGAUGAUGAAAAGACCUGCCUGGACAUUGAUGAGUGUGCCUUGGGUAAACAUGACUGCUCGCACGACUGCAUCAAUGUUGAUGGAGGCUACAAAUGCUCCUGUCCCCAGGGCUAUUACUUGGGUGAGAAGCAAUCGGUGUGCGUAGACUUGAACGAGUGCAAUGCCGACGAUCAUGGUUGCAGCCACGAUUGCUACAACACGAUGGGUUCUUAUUUGUGUGCUUGUCCGGAUGGUUUCGUUUUGAGCAGCGACGAGAAGACCUGCAUCAAUUCCAUGUGCUUUGAAAACAACGGCGGAUGUUCGCACCAAUGUGAUCCGGAUCAGGGCUGUUCCUGUCCACCGGGUAUGAUUUUGGGUUUGGAUGGUAAGACGUGUGAAGAUGUCGAUGAAUGUACGGCCGACAAUGGCGGUUGUGCCUUCAAGUGUGUCAACCUGCCGGGUUCGUAUGAAUGUGUGUGCCCCGAUGGUUCCAAGCCAGCCAACCCCUUCGAUGCCUGUCCCAUCACCUGUCCAGCCGGCUUCACCUUUAGCCGUGACGAUCCCAGCAAGUGUGAGGAUAUCGAUGAGUGCAGCCUGCCGGGGGUGUGUCAAUAUCAGUGCCGCAAUACCAACGGCUCCUACGAGUGCUUGUGUCCCAAGGGAUAUCGCUUGGAAAAUGGACGUGACUGCCAAGACAUUGAUGAAUGUGCCGAGAACAAUGGAGGCUGCUUGGGUGGCGAAUGCAUCAACCACAAUGGUGGCCAUGAGUGUCGCUGUCCAUUGGGCCAUCGUUUGGCUGCAGAUCGCAAGACAUGUGAAGUGGUACAGGAAUUGCGUGACCAAUGUCAUCCACUGACAGCUCCCGCCAAUGGUGCCAUACACUGCACCAAAUAUCGCCACAAGAAGAGACGUUUCUACAGCACCCGCUGCAAGGUUUGGUGUAAUCCUGGUUUCGAGUUGCAAGGACCCACACAUCGUCACUGCAAUGCCACCGGCCAAUGGGAUCAACAUGACAAUUUGUGUUUGCCCAAAACAUGUCCUCCCCUGGCAACACCUCUAAGCGGUGUCAUUACACCGCCAGCCUGUCUAUUUGGCCAAAUCAGUGUGGGUGAGCAGUGCCUCCUGAAAUGUAAUGCUGGCCAUGUGCCAGUUGGAGCAUCAGUGGCUGUCUGCACAUCGCAGCUGCAAUGGUCGUAUAAUGGCACAUUUGACUGUUGGCCAAUGCAAACGGAGCCACGUCUGGGUGUCUCAAAUGGUUUCACACCUUUGGCGCUGCCAAAUGCACCACCACCUCUACCACCCACCUUUACCACGGCGACGACCACAACACUGCACAACACACAGUCAACCUUCGGUGGACGUCCUUUGCCUGGUUUCGAUUUUAAGGUAACACCUUUCGGCGGUGGCAGCACUGUUGGUAGCGGUGGGGUUGGUUUACAACGACCCUACAUUAAGUGUCCUCGCAAUACCACCGUCUAUCUGGCACCCUCGGAACGUACGACUCAUGUUAUUCUACAGAAACCCAUAACCAAUUUGGAUUAUCGUUACAUCGAAUCAUCGCCCGCAUGGACUAGGGAUUUGCAAGCCCAUCUGGGACCGGGUACCUAUGUGGUAGUGUUCCGUGGUCAUGAUCCUAUUAGCGGCAAGAAAGCACGCUGUAAGACGGUGAUUCAUGUCAAACAUGCCGAUGGACCUGUUGUCGAAUAUUGUACACCAUCGUUUGAAGUCUCUCUGGGCGAGAAUCAAGUCUUCCGUUCCGUGGUGUGGGAAGAACCAAGAUUCAGCAGCAAAUAUGGGCCCAUCAAGAAGUUGUAUAAAUCCAGGCUUCCCGGCGAGCUAUUUGGUGUGGGCGUUCACAGUGUCUACUAUGAGGCGACCAAUGAAGAUGGACUCACAGCCAAAUGUGAAUUUAAGAUUCGUGUGAACUCUGCUGGUGUUUCAUCGCAAAGUCACUUGACCUCGAAUUCCAUUGAAUAUGGCGGUCAUCGGAACAAAGUCCCCAAAUUACCCAAUUUCCAUAGUGUUCCACGUCCCAGUCCCAUAUUUACAUCACCAGUCCUGCAACCACCACCACCACCACCACCACACCUAACGGCUGGUCCCAGACCCAAUGCUAUGAAGGCGCCACUGUUGGCCGGUCACGAGUCAUUUAUCAUUUGUCCCGGCCGUGAUCCCGUCAAAGUGACCAGCUCUCAAUCUGUUGAGCUACCACCAAAUUGCAUUUUGAAAAAUGUUCGCAUCAAUCCCUUCCGUCAGUUUAUGUCACAACGUGUCAUGCCAAGGCUUUGGGCAUCCCAUGGUCUGUUUUAAGUGAAUGUGUUCAACUACAUAUAUACAUAAAUAUGUCCUCACACUCACACACGUGCAGUUUUAAUAUUUAAGAUUUUUACGAUUCUUUUACAUUCAUUUUGUUGUUUUGUAAUUUCCAUGUAAGAAUAUUUGCAUUUUGUAAAUUUUAGAUUUUAAUAAAGGAAUUAACUUUUGUAAUAUUUAAUUAAAUAAAGCAAGCUUUUAUAUUGGAUAUAUAAUUGAACGAUAAUAAAA